AUGCGUCCUCUAGGUCUGAAUUCCAGCUGGUUCAAUCCCUCGGCGCUUCUUGGACAUCAGUCGCGGAUGUCACGGAUUCUGCGCGAUAAAGUACCAAAGAAUCCGCGACCAUUCAACGCCUCUGUGCCUAAGGGGAGACUAAAGAUAGGCGCACCGUGGUUUCGAGAAGGCUCCGUGAGGGCAAACUCAACCGUAUCUACCCCAGGGCUACAUGACGAGGGUCGGACGCCUAAAGAUCUGUACGAGUUGUCUCUUGGGCUUUCGCGGAGUCGAAUAAAUGGGAACACAGAAAUACAAUGUACAAUAUACGACGCGGAGGGCGAGGAAACCCUGGCACAGAAAAUGACAAAGUAUGACAUGGUCAAGAGCUUUGGGUUCAGUGGUCGGGAUCUGCGAACUUUCGAUCUCCCUUCCGGCGGAUUUCCUCACAUUUUGAUCCGCGAAGGGACGAUACUCAUACAUAUUUUUGAUCUAAGACUAUUGAUCCAGGCGGAUCGUGUUUUUCUCAUCAAUAUCGAAGAAACCAUUGGCAGCGAAACCGACAAUGCAUCUCGAGUGUUCCGCCAUGACCUCAAGAGUAAACUGCUCGGGAGUCGUGGAUCAGGCGUUUCUAUCCGACUACCUUAUGAGCUUCGAGUGGUAGAGGCAGCAUUAGCAUCUGUGACGGCGACACUGGAGGCUGAGUACUUGCUAGUCAAGAAGGAGGUGUCUCAGACCCUUGCUUCCCUUGAGAAGGAGGAGCACCCUCUGAACUCGGAGCUCAAAACUCUUCUCGACUUGGUGCGGACUCUCGUAGACAUCGAGAAACGUGGAAAGCAAGUGAGAGAAGUCAUUCAAGAGGUGUUGAACGAAGAUCAGGAUAUGGCCGACAUGCACCUCAGCGAUAAGAAAAACGGCCUUCCCCACACAGCGGCUGAUCAUCAGGACGUUGAAUAUUUGUUUGAGGCAUUCUACAAGGCUAGCGACAGCGUAGUGCAGGAGGCAGCCAGUUUGAUCAGGUACAUUCGGCAGACAGAAGAGACGAUCCAAUCAAUUUUAAACGUCCGACGGAACCAGAUCAUGGUCCUGGAGGCUAAGAUUGAGAUUGUCAUGGUUGGCCUCGCGACUGCCACGCUUGUGGCGGGAUAUUACGGCAUGAAUGUGGGCUCAUUUGGCGAUAUGGGAUGA